AGAACUCGAUCAGCUGCUGUAAACAAUGAUACAUGGUUUUGGUUCAAAUUCCAAUAUGCAUACUCAUUUGUUAAAAUUAUGAAAAGCUAGCCCCGUUGGCUAGCCCUAAUGUGUUUUUAAAUGAACAGGAAAUAGGGCUGAGGAUUUUAUUUAUAGUUUAUUUGAGAAAAAUGGGUAGUUUUGCUGGCGUAGGCAAUCGUAAUUUAAUGAAACUGACUAAAUACUUUUGUUGUCAGAGAAAGUUCAGUACCCGAAAUCGUGAAAGCAAAAACAAAUUAGUGAACAACAUCAAGAAAUUGCAGUUACUAAAAAGUGGCGUUUGUGAAAAAAAUUUCGAAAAGGGAAAAUAUAUGGUUUUUAGCGAACAAUCUGUUCUCUUGUCAAAAAAUGAUCCACUGUACCUAAUACUUUGGGGUUCAUUUGAAGGUGCGGGAGAACACGUGGCAGACGUCACAAAACAGUCGGUGCUGCUGAGCGUGUCAGGAGAGGGCAACGUGCACUUUGCCGUGCGAGUUCCCGUGGAAACGAGACAAGCCGUGCAGCGCAGCUUUGGAGGAGAGUUUGUCAGCCUACGCACGUCGCUUUUCCUUCUGUCUUCUGCUGAUUCUGCUCUAGUGUCACAGGGCUGGUCGCUGCUGUCGUGGGGGGUCGCCGCCCGGUUCUGCGAGGCAUGCGGGGGCGCGCUGGCGACGGCCGGGGCGGGCGGCCACAAGCGGUGCAGCGGCUGUGGGGCGGUGCGCUACCCGUCACUGUCGCCCGUGGGCAUCGCGCUGGUCACCAGCGAGGACCGCUCCAGGGCGCUGCUGGUCCGCCAGCACGCCCACCCGCCGGGCAUGUUCACCUGCAUCGCUGGCUUCGUGGAGGUCGGCGAGAGUGUUGAAGAAAACGUGAGACGGGAAGUGGCAGAGGAAGUGGGUCUGGAAGCAAAGGAGAUAGAGUACGUGGGAUCACAACAUUGGGCACUGCCGGCAAGCCGGUUGAUGAUUGGCUGCAUCGCCGUGGUUACAGAGACAGAGUUCUCGCUGGACGAGACGGAGCUGGAGGCAGCGGCGUGGUGCACGCCCCGGGAGGUUCGCAACGCACUCACGAGGGUGGCUGGCCAACGUGGCGUGCAGUCGGGGGAGCCCGGCCAUAUGUGGGUGCCUCCCAGGGGCGCGAUAGCUCACCACCUGCUGCAGCACUGGCUCACAACCUACCACGCUGGCUAGCGGCACGACCCCUCAAAUCCUCAAAUACCACUAAAAAGAUCUGAGGAAGGUAAAUUCAGAAAUACGAGCACCAGGACAAUGUAUUUGAAAAGUAAUACAUUUAUCUCUGCAGAAAAUAUCAAAAAUAAAGGUUGCAUCUGGCUACAGCUACAAUGCUCUGGGAAUAUUUGUUUAGCACUUCAGAGAACAUUUUUGUCAUCAGACAAGUCUAUAUGCACUUUUAUUAAAAAAAUAAAAAUAAAUUGAAUGUUUUUUCAAAGUUUAAAUUCCAGUUUUUUUUGCAUGCAUUAUUUUAUUCUAGACUCUUAAGAAUCAACGCAAACUUCAGUUUUGAGAAAAUGCGGAUUUAAACUAUCAUUAGUUAACAAUCUGUAAUACUUCUAUUUUUAGGAAUGGGCUGGUCAAUUUUCAAUCUAGUAUUCAACAGAAAUUAAAUUCAAGGAAAGAAUAAAGAAAGAAAAAAUUUAGUAAAUAAAUUUUUUUUUACACGGAUCUGAUGACUCAGAAGUUUACUAAAUCUAUUUGUGAUUUUCAACAUAACUAUCCUGUUACCAUUUUCCUGAAUGUUUUACUUUUAAAAAUGUAGUUAUGAAAAUAACUACUGAUUUGAGUAAUGUAGUCCAUGGGAAAAACUUUUAAAGGUUUAAAUUAGUGUUGGGUUGAUUCCUAAAAUAUACCGAUUCCGAUUCCAUUUUCGAUUCUUAAAUUAAAGGGUCGAUUCUUCGAAUCAGAUUCCGAUUCCUUAAUUUUUAUCUGACAAUGUUCAACAGAGUAAUAUACUCAGAAAAAAAAAAGUUGUUUAUAAUUUUAAAAAUGUAAUUGCAUUGUGUUUCAUUUUCUGUGCAGAAAUUAACAUUACAUACAGCUUAUAUAAUAUUAAAAAGUAUGUUCAUUACCAUCAAGUUUACGCUACCUUGAAUUUAUAGCACAAUUUGGCCUUUUAACCCUGCAUAUAGUUAGACGAAACACGUGUUCAUACACUGCCAAUAAUCAAAGAUGUCUUAUGAUUAGAGCCAAGAUUUUAUGGUGUUAUGAAAAAGGACUUUUCGUCAUUAAGAAUUGUGGAUUUCGUCUUUAUUGUCAUAAAAAAUUAAAACACAUGUAAUAACAUGUUCACACCUAGCAGAGCUGCCUUGAUCAAAUGCUUCAAUAAUUCGUGGUUAGAGACUUAAAAUAUGCACAUUAAAAAAUACUAUGUUGAGAGUACAUAACAAAUUAACAACUAAAAUAUUCAGUAUUCUUAUGCAGGUAAGUACUGUUCCUGAGUUCAGGAGAGAGUCUAAAUUAACUAAAAUAGAAACUACAGUUAAACUUUUGUUCUAUAAAUGCAAUAUAAUUAAGCUCAGGAAAAAGCCACCAUUGUCAGCAGUUCAGCAUUCUCUGGUUUUAGAGAUCUUCUUCUGUCACUUACAACUACAGAAUACUUAGAAAAAGAUCUUUCUGAGUCCACAUUCGUUGCAGGUAUCCAUAUUAACUUUAAAGCAGCAGCUGCAAAUUCAGAAUAAUCCGCUUUCAUUUUACAUAGUAUGUCCACCAUGUCUAUGUAGUUCACAUGCGGUUUCUUCAGCUCUUGGGAAACCAGGUUUUGGAGUGUUAUGUAGCCUGUCGCUACAGAGGUCUUCUGCACCUUGCAAAUGAAAGGUAGGUUCCCAAUAUGUUUCUGGAAUUCUUUUUCCUCCACACGAAUGUUUCCUACAUUUUGAGGAUUCAUUAGAGCGCUGAUUCCCAGAAAUAGUUGACGAGAUGGAUUAGUGUUCACCAGAUCAAUCAGUUUUAUAAGACUGAGUUUAGCUGUGUUCUUGAACUGCUCUUUAAGGGCUGCAGAGUUGACAGUUUUCAUUUCAGCCAAAAUGUCUUCAACAUUUUCAGGAAAUAUUCCCUUAGCCAAGACAUCAAGAGUAGUUUGCAGUUUACUCAAUUUUGUGCACAACUGAUGAGCAGUAGGAUACUUUGUGCCUUCAAGAAAAUUAAUUAGCUCUACAAAGGUGUUACAGUUUUGAGCCACAAAUGUAAGAGUGGCCUCAAGACAUUGUAACUCUUCCUUCUGGAGUCCCUUGAUAUAUUUAAAACCAGAGUUAUCUUCGCUAAGCUGCUCAAAGAAUUCCACAAUGUCGUGCAGAUGGAGUGCGAGGUAUGAUACAGAUUCAAACCAUGUGUUCCAACGUGUAACAACUGGCAUGGGGAAUAACUUGACCAGAGCCUUGUUUUCUCCAUGUUUCUGGAGAAUAAAUUGAAGGUAUGCAUGCCUCCUCUUUCUGGUGUUAAGAAAGGCCAUCUUUACCUUACAAACGAAGAGGUUCAGUUCUUCCAAGUUGUUUUGCCAGAUCUGCCCAACAAUGUUUACUUUAUGGGCCCAACAUUGUAUGUGGUACAUGUGGUCACCAAAUACACCUUCAAGGGUGCCAGCAGAUUUUGUCAUGUACCUGGCACUAUCUGUAACAUACGCAAUUAUGUUUUCUUCUUUGACUUCAUAUUUGGAGCAUACAUCAAUCACUGCCCGAGAACAACAAACAGCAUUUGCUGCAUCAAGGACACAAGAAGCCCCUAAGAUAACAUCUUGUUCAGCACCUGGUUUCAGAAUUUUAAACAAGAUGUUGAAAACACAAUUAUUACUCUUGUCAGUGGUUUCAUCUGCGAGUAUGACCACAUCUUGCCCCAAGAGCUGCUGCUUGAUUUCCACUUCUUUUUUCUCUCUAAGUAGGGGAAUGUACUUUUUCCUCAUCCAAUCCGCUGUUGGAAGAUCACCAGCACCACUUACAUGCUUCUGCAUCCAUGCAGUCAGCUUGCUGUUGUCAAGUUUCUCAAGAGGAAUACCUGCAGCUACAAAGGCUUCAACAGUUUCGAGAACAAAAUCUUCCUUUUGUUUUUUUGCGCAUAUUUGCGCCACUCCUGCUCAGGGCCGCAACUAGGGGGGACCAAGCGGGGCAUACGCCCCGGGCGCAAAGCUGUGGGGGCGCCAAAAUCGCUUGCAUUGUAAUUCCUUCCUACUACAACUGGCAGCUGGUAAAAACAGGGUGUCUACUGACCCUGGAAAACCUGGAAAACCUGGAAAAAUCAGGGAAUAUUGUAAUCAGGGAAAAAUCAGGGAAUUUUGUUAAAAAUCAGGGAAUUUUGUUAAAAAUCAGGGAUUUUUUGUUUGGUGGGUUGUAGUUGGCAAUACGUUUUUGUUUAUUGAUCUGCUUGCAUUGACGUAGCAUCAAGUGUAUCGCGUCCUAUUUUUUUUAUUUUUGAAUGGAAAAUAACAAACAGUUCCCACGUCCAUUUUCUUUUAUUUACCAUCGGAUUCAGAAGUGGCGUUAAAUCACAUGAUACAAACUGGUUCAAGCUGGUCUGUUAUCCUGCUGACGUACGUACUGCAGCAUGUGCUUCCCACGUUCGGAUUAUACCGACAGUUGCAUUUAAUUUUAAGUAUCUAUGGAUGCCCUCAACGUAAACUGGGCAUUUUUGUUAGCUUUGAAAAUACAUAUCACAGACACUUGUGGUGAAGAUUCACCAUCGUUGCUAGAAAUUGGUAGCUAUGGGCUUUAUACGGUCCAUGGUGCUUUCAAAACUGGAAUUUCUGCUAUACAAUUGGGCGUUGUUAGUUUUUUCAGGCACAGUUACUAUUUGUUUAUGCAUGUACCUGCAAGGAGGGCAGAUUACAUUAGAAUAACUAGAUCAGAGCUUUGUUCCAAUAAAUUUUGUGCAAUCAGAUGGAAUACUGCAGUUGCUAAGCGUGCCAUGAAAACGUUACCCCACCUAAAGAAAUUUGUUAGUGAAGUUUCUAUUUCAUCUGUGUCUUUCAGUGUAGUGAAAAGUGCUCUUGAAGAUAAUCUUCUAGAAGUAAAAUUGACAUUCUUCUACUCUUUGGCAUCAGAGCUGGAAUUGUUUCUCACAAUGUUCCAAAGUGAAGCACCCUUGGCACCUUUUCUCUAUGAUUCACUGGUAGUCAUUUUAUUAGCUUUGGCAGGAAAGUUUUUGAAACCAGAGGUACUGAAGAGCUUUAGGGAGAAAUGCAAUAUAUCUCGAUUGGAUGUAGAUAACCAGGAAAAUCUAUUGACUGCUAACAAUAUCAAGUUGGGUUAUUCAGUACACCAUGCCAUCAAGAAAGAGAAAGUACCAAUAAAGUCUGUCCUGUUACUGAAAAAUGAUGUUAGGACUUGUCUAAAGGUUAUGGUAAAAAAACUUCAAGACAAAAGUCCCCUGAAGUACAAACUUACCAAGGGAAUUUCCUGCUUAUGUCCGUCUGUGGCUUUAAAUUCGGGUGUGAGGAAACAGUGUGUGAAUUACAGUUUAGAAUGAUGUCUUCAAAACAAGUGGCUAUAAGGACACAAGAAGCUGAUAACAUUGAGUGAUCAUAUCAGUUGGUAUGUUCCUCGCAAGAUUCUGAAGCACUGUUCUCGUCUUUUUCUCGAGAAGACUGGCGCCUUGAUUACUUGUGGAUGCUCAUUCUUAAGGCACAUACAGUAGCUGCCAAAACAGUCCUUCUAAAGUUUGUGAGGAUGAUGUUGGUACUUUCCCAUGGAAAUGCAUGAUUGGAAAGAGGAUUUUCAGUGAAUUCUAAUCUGCUGCCUGAAAACUUGCAGGAAGAAAUACUGAUCGCACAAAGACAGAUGUACAACUUUGUUCAACGUUCUGGAGGUGUAGAGCAUGUUGAUAUCACCAAGUUCAUGUUACAGUAUGUAAGAAAUGCUAGUUGUAGGCGUAAGGAAGCCCUGCAAACAAAACAAAAAGGAAAGGAAGCUACAGACAAGAAGAAGGCAGAAAAAUAAGAGUUGAAGAGGAGAUCAAGGCAUUGUAGUUGAAGAAGGCUCGAGUGUUGGAUUUGGCUCGUUCUGAAACAAGUGCAAUAGACGCAAAAGUUGAGUCACUGCGAAAUUGAUGGGAGCUUCCUUUUACUUAUGUUUUUGCAAAAGUAAGUGUGUGAAAUAUUUGUAGCAGCAUGUUUUAUUUGCCAUCAAUUGAGUCACUUUGGCCACGUCUGGAAGAAGGUUUUUUUUUUUACUAAUUUAAGUGAGUUGAAAUACUUUGAAACCCGUCAAUGUACUGUUAUGCAGUUUUUCAGUUUCGUGGUAUGUCAUAAUUGUGUUACAGAAAACCUGGAAAAGUUCAGUUUUAGACCUGGAAAACCUGGAAAAAUCAGGGAAUUUCAUUUACUAGAUCUGGUAGACACCCUGUAAAAAGUUUUUUAACUUGCAUGCCAGGAAUGUCUAAUCUGAUUUACAAUAUAACGUCUCAACAUAUUUUAUGAACAAGUCUAGUGAUUAUACGGACUACUUUAUGGACAUAAUGGGUUCAUGCAUGGAAAGUACAGUAGCACAGAAACUGUUACAUGUAGGUAUGGAAAAUGCUUAAAUAGCACCAUUUUUCCGUGGGAGGGCCCCCGGACUCCCCGCUUCAUUGGUGUGGUAUGUGCAAAAAAAGAGCCGGGGAAGAGGGGGGGGGCACAUGAAUCCAUCCCGGGUGCCAGAGACUCUAGUUGCGGCCCUGCUCCUGCUUCUGGGAUAGAAAGCUGUCGUUUCAAAGUGCAUGGGGAUCGUUUAGCUUUUACAUGUUUGUCGCUAAUUAUGUGCUUGUUUACCAUGUCCUUACGUUCAUGCUCCAAACGGCAAUUACAAUAUUUACAGAAAAGUAUUUUUCCGUCACUGACAUAUAAUCCCUCAUUCUUAAACUCGUCAGCACGUGAUGCCGCAGUAGCUUUAUUUUUCGGCAUGAUUAAGAAAUUUAGCUUUCAUUUAUGCACGUCAUUUGUAAACAAAGCCCGGAGGUACCAAAAACUAGUAUUUAAUGAAGUUGUAGCGAAAAAAUAAACCGCGGGAAGCCUACUUUUUACAGGCGAGAAGAGCCAUAUACUCAACUCGAAGUAAAAGGUUAGGUUAUGUCUGGUCAGUGAAAUAAAUGUUUUUAUUUAUUUUCCGGGAGGGUUGGGUAGGUAAGCGUUAUUUAAAAUAUUUAAUGAUCGUAAAAUAAAUAAAUCCUUGCAAUAUGGUGCUUUUUCAUUAGCGAUCGGAAAACUUCGAUUAUGUUACGAUUUUGGCUCUCUCGCCUGUGAAGUGUGAAAUGAAAAUGAAGGCUUCACUGUAAACUGCUUAUUCAACAAGCACACAAAAUUGUGUUACAGUUAAAUUUCAUUAAAUAUCAAGUGAUCAUUAAAUAUCAAUGUUCGCUUUUAUUUUAUUUUCAUACGUAUUUAUUUAAUGAAUGCAGUUUUUGUUCACGUGUAUUUUUCAAAGGAUACAGCAAACAAGGCGAUGAGAUUUUUCACGUUGUUGUGUUUGUUAACUUGUUAAUUUUUGUUUACGAUCGUCAGUUGUUAAUAUUGCGUGAUCUCUAGUGGCUAGAUGCGUUAAAAACCCUAACCUAACUCCGAUAACGAUUUUUUUUUUGUUCGUGAAAUCGUCAAUUUUUGUAAUAUCUUGUCAUUUUUUAAGAUGAAUAAUUAACGCAUUAAAUAACCACCACACAGUUGGAUGACGACCAUUUCUUCUACAAACAGAUACGGAAUUUUUGUCAAUCAACCAAUAGUCGGUAGUUAACGAUUUAAAUCAAUAUUGAGGUGUUUAUUUGUGAUUAGAAAACAUUUCACAUUUUUCGCGGUUUGGGAUGAAAUUCGCGAUUUCGCAUAAAACCAUAUAAUCUUGGCUCUACUUAUGAUGUAAAUUGUAAAUAAUGUUAUAACUUAACCAACUUUAGAUACCUUACAUUAUCAACUCAAUUAAUUUAUUGUAAAAAAAAAGAAGUUUUUAUGGUUAGGUUAAGAAUUUUAUUUUCAAGAGCAACUAAAUAAUGAUCCAAAUAAAAUGACAAUAUAACCUGGUUUCAACAUAUUUCAAGGGACCAGUGCGAAAAAAAAAAAUAAAAA